AUGCUCGAGGCUGCUGUUUCAUCAGACUUAAACGAAAAGCUGCUCGGUUUGGAGAGUGUCAGUCACAAAAACGAGGAUGAUGUUUGGCGUCAGUGCGCAGAAUGGCUUUUGCGCUGUCGUGUCCUCCCGGCUGAUCAUCCAGCGUUAUUGCCUGACGCAAAUGCUCUCAUUCUUUUGCAAGCCCUUAUGAAUGGCGUCGCUCUGUGUCAUUUAUUGUCCAAUCUAAGUGACGGCGAAGUAGAUCCGCUGACGAUGAAAGACUUCAGUCCAAGACCACAGCAGUCCCAAUUCCUUUGCUGUCAAAACAUCCGUUUAUUUACGCAUCUCUGCUGCGACGAAUUUGACAUUGCUAGCAAAUAUUUGAUCGAACCGCCUGAUUUAUACCAAGCAAAAAAUUUUGGGAAGGUUAUCGAGUUGUUGUCCGUGCUUUCCUUCUGCCCCCGGGCUCAGAAAACUGGAAUUCCGUACGCGCCUCACGAAUACUACAACAACCUCGAGGAGAUCGCAGCCAGCAUGGAUGAAAUGGAAAUAGAAGCCAAGUCGCACUAUGCAGACAUUGACGAGUCUACUAAAGAAAUGAUAUACGACACAAUUGUCCACGGGGGGAAGAAAAUUUCCCAAGCGUCAGCAGCAGAAGAGGAAGCAUCUACGCCUCGAGCCUGUUGUAUCCGCGAAAUAGUCAGCACUGAGAAGAACUAUGUGGAUUCUUUAAAAAUGCUUCUUGAAAAAUACAAAUAUCCUCUCAUGAGGGUUCUUUCAGCGCAGGAGAUCGACGAAAUAUUUAAGUACAUUGAGGAGCUCCACACAAUUCACAGAGAUCUUCUAUCCAAUCUAAAUCUGGCCACUUCGUCAACCCAUAACUUUCUGAGGCUUGGUGAGGUGUUUAUCAGGGAUCGUGACAAAUUACUCAUCUACGGAGAAUAUUGUGGACAUCUACAAAAGGCUCAGACUCUCGUCACGGAGAUUCUCAGGAAUGAUGUCGAAAAGAAAACGAAGAUCGAGAUUUGCCAAUCGCAAUCUGAGAACUAUAGCAAGUUUCACCUCACGGAAUUGCUGGCCGUUCCAAUACAACGGGUUCUCAAGUAUCAUCUCUUGCUUGAGCAACUUUGGAAGUUGACAGACGAGGAUCAUCCCGAGAAGGCAGAACUCGCGGAUGCUUUUGGUUGCAUGCGGGAACUGGCGCAAACGAUCAACGAGGUGAAACGUGACCUCGAUACCCUCAGUAGUAUUGACCAAAUCCAGGCCAGGUGA